UGACAUUACAUGCUACAUGCAAAACAUGUACCGUUUGGUUGGGUUAUUUUUGAAUUUAUUUCUUUAAUUAUUCUUUUAUUGAGAAUGAUGAAUGGACUAACAUUGAGGAUAAACCCUGGCGAAAAAAGAAAAAAUACCAUGAGUUUCGCACCUGUCACCUUUGAAAACCACGAAAGUAUAGGUGGUGAAAAUGAUUUGAUCAAAGUCUUUCUGAAUGCACAAACGGUGGAUGAACAACUGCAUACUAUAAAGAAAAUCUUAAAUGGGAGCAAAACAGAUAGUGACUCCAAUGUCAUAAAAUUUUUGGCACUUGUUUUUUUACAGGCUGAAGUCAAACACCCAGUAAAAUGUUUUGUAGUCAGGCAUGUCACACGCAGUGAUUACCUUCAACCAAAAUUUUCGGAGAAACUUGCACAAUAUAUUGAUAGCUAUACAAAUGAAAAUCAUGAAGACUAUAUUUCCUACUCCAGAGUGGUGUCUAAAAUUGGUACAUGUCUUGAAAGCUUCCCAGCUGGAGUAGAGGCUAUUAAGUUGGUGGAGAUGAAACUGGCUGGAUACUUGAUUAGGUGUCUGAAUUGUUGCAAUACUACAUUCAGAGAUGUGAAAACAUUAGCCCCAACUGAGAGAAACGAAAUAUUCAGUUUGGCACACUUAGCAUUACGGUUGCUGUUAUGCAUAAUACAAAAAGUUAAUGAUGAAAAUUCCCCAAAAUUAAUCACAAUGCUUGAGGAGUUAAAGUUGUGCAUAAAAGAUCUACUUUUCAAUGAAGACACUCCAAUGGAUACCAAAACACUUAGUGGAAUUAUUUGUUUAACUAUACUAAGUCUAGAAAAUGGACCAGAUUCCUGGACUAUGGUUUUAGAUGCAAGAAAAGCUAACAAUUACAUAGCCGCUCUGCUACAGAACGAAGCUGCAGAAUUGUCUCUACACUCGGCCAUUGUCACAGUUGUACCAUUUGAAAAGCUUCAGUUGAUCAAAAUUGGCGACAAACCGGCGCUCAUCUGCCUUACCAGUCAGAUAAUAGCUAUCGGGGAAAGGACAUCAUCAGAAUCAAUAUUCACGUUAAGCGUGACGCGCACUAUUGUGCAGGUCAGUAAACAGUUACACCGAAUCAUGGACCGGGAACUGGCGACGCUUAUAAUGGACCAGGCGCUGGAGUAUUGUUGGACCCACGUGGAACACUACAUGGACAGCGUACGACAUCUGGCGGCGCAAGCGUUGGCUAAUAUUGUCAAAUGUGCCGUCAAAUUGGAUGAUAAAGGGCCGGGGCGGGUGUGGGCGCGGGGCCGCCACAAGGCGUGGUGCGUGUGCGUGGGCGCGUGGGUGGGAGCGGUGGGCGCGCGGCGGGUGCUAGCGGUGACACCUCAUUGUGUGACGGAACUCACGAGCCUGGCUCGCACGCAACCGCAGGCGGUUACUGCGUUAGAGUUAAUACUGGAAAGCGACGCGCGUGAAUCUGACACUGGCACUCUGUACGAGACAUGGGUGAAGCCUUCGCUCUGUCAGGCGCAGAGUACUAGAGACCCCACAGAGCUCACUGUACUCCAGAACCUCAUGGCUAAGGCGGUCAAACUGGACGGAGACAUCAUUCACUACAUUGUUCCGGAAAUCAAGUCCUUAAUAGAAUCGUCUCCCCACAACAUAAAGUCGGUGCUGAUGUUACUGCACGUGUCGCGAAAGGCGGGCGGGAACAGGUGGGGGGAAUUCCUCCCCCCUCACCUCCUCAACAUGGCGGCGGUACACGGGGAUCAUGACGUUCGAAUCCUGUCCCUAGCUCUGGUGGCCGAGUCACCCAAAUCUACAGAGACGUUUAGCAAAGUGGAACUGGAGUUCGUAUUGCACUUCCUAAAGUAUAAUAUCAAUGCACAAGCGCCUAACUUCAGACAACAAAUGCUGUCGCUGUUCAGUAAGCUAUUGAAACGCCUAGGGGACAGUUACAGGGUGUUGAGAAGGCAAACAGAGUCUAACGGUGACGGUGAUAAGGCUGAUUAUUACUUGACUUUCGUUGAGAAACUGAGACUCGAGUGUUUUGAGAGUUUAAUGGGAAUGCCAAAUUACACUAGACGGACGAUAGCGUUACAGCUUCUGGUUUACUGCCAACAGUUGUCUCUGGAAGGAUAUCAGUGGUUGUGGUGCCCACAGUUCGCGAGUAGACUGGUGGAACGUCUAGAGGACACUUAUGACGAUAACAGAACCCGGGCCCGCGCAUUGUUAGCCUCCUGCCCGACCCAUCUGCUGCGGAAUACUAAAUUCAGUGUGAGCAUUGAUCUGUCAGACGUUUUGCGGCAAGCUUCUUCUCUAAAGCCAACGGAUUGCGUGUCUGCUGCCUACAAACUGCUAUUGCUUAAAGACAAGCUUCCCGAAGUUAUUAUGGUGGCUAGUCAAGCGAACAGGGCACAAAAUGAACCGGUGUCUUUUGCUCUCCUGAACAUUUUACUGGCGAGACUGAAGGCAGAACUGAAGGAAUGUGAACAAAGCAUAGUACGGGCCCCCAGACACGGACCCCUGUACGGAACCCUGCACUGUAUGCGACGCGUGUUACAGGACUUGGACCCUGAGGCGAUAUCGUCGGACGAGCAAUGGGCACAGUUGGUCCGCAAGGUGAUAGCGGCGGGUGGCAGAGCGAGCGGCGUCGCCGGUGUAGUCGUCAACAACUCCUCGCCUGAGGGACACCUGCCUAUGGACCAGGGGGUUGUGCUCACUGAUCACGGGAACGAGGGUGGUAUCCGGCUUGAAGAUGGCCGCGCUGUCACCGCUCAGAUGUUAUUGCUGUGCGCCUGGAGAACUGUCAAGGAGGUAUCCCUUCUCCUAGGCAGCAUCGUCUCCCGCCUCAGCAUCCGCGGCGAGAGUGGUGGGGUGGGAGUGCUCUCCCCCCAACAAGUGCUGCAGGUGGGGGAACACUUCUCCACCUUGUUGGCCGAGACCAAGCACCGGGGCGCCUUCGAGCAGGCCUAUGUGGGCUUCACGGAGUUCCUAGCCAGAGUGUGGCAGUGCCGCAGCCCCACCCUCCACUCGUGGGGGCGGGACCGCCUCGCCCAACUGUUGGGCCAACUGUUGCCCCAACACCAACAACAACAACAACAACAACGCCAACAACAUCCCACCAGACGCAGUGCCGGCCUGCCGUUUAUGAUACAGGCUCUAGUUAUCACAGAGUUGCAAGUGAAAGGCAAUCCUACUUGCUUACACGAAUGCAUGACCACAUUGCUGAAACUAGCCCAUGCUUCUACAGUACCGAACUGCACGGGAAUUUCUACCUUAAAUCAAUUGAAAAGCACACAUUACGAGCCAAAUUCCCAUGACGAUAACAAUGUUAGUGAUUCUACAGAAACAAAACAUGCAGAAAAGUCGACCUUAAAGCAAUCAAAAAGCACGCAUUUCGAACGAAAUUCCGAUGAAGAUAACAUUGUUUCUGAUAAAAAUGAACAAAACGAAAAUGCGAACAGAACUGGAGAUGGAUCACAGGCAGAAAACGCCUCUAUUUGUAUGGGCAGUUCGGUCGAAACUCGCGCGCAUUGCAUGAAUAUAUUAAGGGCUUUGUUCCGCAACUCUGCUUUGGAGGAAAGUGUGGCCGGAUACGUUGGUGAAGGACUCAUGGUUGCGUUAGAAGGAUUCAACAAGGAUACGUGGAUGGAACGUAACGCAGCCACGUUGCUGUUUAGCGCGCUAGUGACGCGCGUGUUCGGAGCGGCGCGGCACCGAGACCGCAUGACCGGACGGAUAUUCUUCCUGAGGUAUCCGAUGCUCUACGACUAUAUACUGCAUAGACUACAAUCGGUCGGUCCCACGAUAGAGGUGGACCUUAACCCGGGUCUAUUCCCCGUGUUAGUGUUGAUCAGCAAGUUGUACCCUUCGUCCUUGGAAGGGGUGCAAUGUUCUCUGCGUCUGACGUCGUUGUCUCCAUACCGCAGUGAAGCGGUCAAAUCGCCAUCUUUAUAUGCAAGAGUGGCUGCUUCUUCUGAUUGCAUCGCACCCACAAGGUUUGUAUCACACUUGGAAACCUUACUAACCACAAUAAGUUCAUCCACAAUCAAACGUAACUACUGCCACGGCACAUUGCUGCAACUCACCAAACUCCUGGCAGAGACCCCUGCUAACCUGGUGGUGGAACAUGAGGAGAAGCUUCGUAUAAGAAGAAGAAUCAGUGACUCGUACUGGAUAUUGGAACAGGCUACCAGGAAAAUGCCAUGCUAUCCGAUUACGGAUCAAUACGUGAAGAUGAUCAACCUGAUUGUUUGGAGACUCCCAUCACUUAUAGACCAAGAAAUGCUCGAAACAAUAAGAGAAUAUUUAGACAGUAUUCUCUUCGCCAAAGAUAUACCGCCGAUCACUAUAGGUCGAGAAAUAUGUUUAGCUAACAUAGCUUACCUGUACAUCAUUAUACUCAGCAAACGCUGCUAUUUCCAAAAAUACAGCACAGAACAGCACAUACAUUCUAUCAGCACAGAAAAUACAGUAACAGAAUCGAUGAACCAUCCUUGUCAACUUAACAAAUGUACCCAUACCAAGGUCAUUAUGAAGUUUAUACACAAAGGAUUGACUCACAAAUCUUAUGAAGUAGUCCUAACUUGUCUGAAUUACCUCCUGAUUUUAUACAAAAAACUAGAAAUCGAAUGUCACUUUCAGAAACAUCUCUCCUCAAUCGCUAUCAAUGAAAACGUUUUAAAAGUUUUGCGAAAAAACCAAACUUUCUCAAAAGAACUGUGUAAAGUUUUAGAGGGUAGUAAAUACAUGGAAUGCAUACAAAAGACUUUGAGUGUACUGUCGUUAGGAGAUGGUACGCAAAAGUAUGUAGUCGAGUUGAAGAUUGGUCGCAAACCCAAGUGCGAUGAUGAAAUAGCAGCAAAGUUACUGGAUUGCAUCAGAGAUGAACAUGAAAACUUGACUCAUGUAUAUUUGGAAAGUCUGAGGCGUUUUGUUAAAUGCUCACUGCAGUCCAAUCCGAAAUGUAGUUUGAGUGACGACGUUAUUCUUGAGGUGGUAAGGAUGAUUUUCGACUGUUGCACGUCGGAAAACAAUGACAGCACCAGAGAGGUUGCGGCGACAUUCUUGCAAGAUAACUUUGAAGUUUUAAUUGAAAUGAAGUUUGAAUCGCUGUCUGAAGAACAGAAAUUCGAACUGUCGGCAACUCUGUACGCCACCCUAGUCGCGUUACUGGAAGACGACGACGCAAACAUCCGAGACACGGCAGCCAGCGCUGCGUCACUUCUGAGUGGCCACGACCGGGAUGGGGGGCCGGUGAUCUCCGCCAUGGCAGCGGAGUGGAUUCGGAAUGCGAUACGGGAGCCGGUUAUGCUGGUGCUGCUGGCCUUGCUGGACUUCCGGUGCGAAGUUUACCUCACGGAUGAACUCAACGAUGAGUGUCGAGUGUUCGAUCAAAACGAACGCUACAAUAUAUUCCUGGAAGAGACCGUCUGGACAAGGGAGUGUGCUGAUAAUUUGAUAAGGAUUUGCCAAGAUAAAGGAGAUAUUGUCGCUUUUGUUCGAAGCAUUAUCGAUGACCCCGUAUACCAAGGAACUAUCAAGAAGUUGUGCAAUAAUAACGUGAUAAUAUUUAAGGAAAUGCUCGAAAACACCAGUUUAUCAUACAAAAACGAUGCUACCAAUCCUAAAAUAGGAAUGUUCGUUAAUAAAUUAUUAUGUAAGGAGUCCAUUUAAAUUAAGUAGAAUAAUUUUCAACUUUUAUAUGUACAUGAGAGAAUCAAGCAAUUUUAUGAAUACUUUAGUUUUAAGUAAUUUAUUGUAAUAAAAAUAUUGAAUUUCUGUCUAGGUUUUUUUAUUGAUUAUAACUUUUUUCAUCCUUCUUUUUAUAAUAACAAACAAAGAAAUUUCUAAUAUCUAUCAAUAAUAGCUAACAUAAGCUAUUUACAAAUAGGUUUAUAUACAGAAUAUGAUCACAUUGUUAUGGGAAAUGAACAAAAUAAUAUUAACAGGUAUAUUACCAACACUCCUUUCUUUUUUUGGUUCGACGAGUUCUUCACAAGCACAAUACAUUACACAAUAAUAUUCUUCAAGAGAUAACAACCGAGCUCUACGACAUCACACAAAUCACUGACACAAUAUUCUAUAAUAUUUUGUCUCUCCGUAUUCUGUACACUUCACUAGCGACCUGCCUAUUUUUAAACCUCACAGUUUCUUUUACUUUCUCUGGCUCCUUAGUCAACUCAUCUUUCAUCUCUUUCACACUAUUCUCUAUUUCUUUAUCACUCUUUUCCGUCAGUCCUUGUAGUUUACUCCUCAAACCGUUAUCCGGUGUUUCGUCAGUGUCUUGAAAGAGAUCCUUUAUGGAAACAAGCCUAUGUGAGUUGCCCAUUCUCACUAGCUUUUUGAGAUUCCUGGAUGCUUUCUUUUCAAAAAGGCCAAGGAGGCCCCAGUCUUCUCCCUUUCGUCCUUCCAUUUCCGCUUCCAGCUGCCACGCAGCAUUCCUAACUUCGACUUGUAACUUUUGGCAUUCUUCAUAGCUGACGUUUCUACUGACGUUCAACGAUUGGUCCAGGGGAUUUAUGAUGUACAACGGCUGCGAAUUAGGUUUCCGGACUGCUGCUCCAAGGUUCAGCGAGAUGGCUUUCUCUUGGAAGUCAAACUGGGCAUAGAAUUCGAAGAAUUGCAGCAGUAGUGUCUCCAAGUUAACGUCGCAUUGUCCGUACGAGUCUGGUGGCAGCUCGUUCAAAUCACGUAGGAAGGUGCACAUUCCAUUAUCGUCGACUAAUCGACCGUCUUCUUC